GGAAUUUAAAGUUUGAUUUUUUUGGGGGUGAACCGGUGAAGGUUGAUCUUCAGCUCUUCAAUUGAGUUGUUUGAGGUUUUUUGGGAAGCAAUCUUGUGUUCUUUACUUGGAUGGAACAAAGGAGUUAAUGUUGUGUGGAAUUAAUUUUAAAAAGAAAAUCUAAAAAGUAGAUUUAAUAUCGGUUUAUUUGUUCGUAUUUGAGCAUGAUGAAUGAUGACGAAGAUGAUGCUAGUUACCAUGCCAACACUUACUCCGUAAACAGCCAAAAGUUUCCGAUCGAAAACCCCGAUUAUGAUGAUGAUGACGAUAGUGAUGAUGACGAUGUCGAUGAUGAUGACAAGGGUAUAGUUGUCAUUGAGCAAGACGAUGACGAUGAAGAUGACGAUGAUGAAGGAAACGGUAUUCAAAGGAUAGGCAAAGACGAUUACGAGUGUGGUGACGUGGACGAAGACGAAAACGAAGGUGUCAAUUCCACCGAUUUACAUAAACACCCGAAAAAGCGGAAGCUAAAAACCCUCUUGCCGAGUUACGAGUUCGCCCCUCGAGCACCCCCCGUUCCUCCACCACCUCCCGCCCCAAAGCCGCCGGCGUCGUACGGCGGGGGCCGGAACCCCCUCACCGAUUGGACGGAGCACGAGACUUUCACCCUACUCGAUUCUUGGGGAGAAAGGUACCUUAAACAAGGAAGGAAAAGCCUCCGCUCCGAAGAGUGGCAAGAAGUCUCGGAAAAGGUGUCACAAGAAUCCAAGCUCGAACGCACCGACACCCAAUGCAGGAACCGUCUGGACACGUUAAAGAAAAAGUACAAAAAGGAAAAGUCCAAACCGAACUCGAGCGAGUGGGUGUACUUCAAGAAAAUCGACUCGCUACUAUCCACGCCACCACCGCCCAACCAAACGGCCCUUUCGUGCGGUGUGGACUCGGGCGAGUACGUGUUCACAAACCCUAGAGCGUAUCUAAACCGUUCGAACGGGUUCGAUGAAAUGAGGGACAGUCCCGGAAAUUCCGGUUCGGCGGAGGGCGGAGGGAAUGAAUCGGAGGGGCUCCCGCCGAAGAGGGCUAGAAACGGGCGGGUCAAGAAUAGUGGCGGCGGGGGUUCGUUCAAGAUUCUUGCGGAUUCUUUUCAGAAAUUUAGUAAGAUAUACGAGAAGAUCGAGGAUAGUAAGAGGAAGCAAAUGGUCGAGCUGGAGAAGAUGAGAAUGGACUUUCAUCGGGAUUUGGAGAUGCAGAAGAGGCAGAUUCUCGAGAGGGCUCAAGCGGAGAUUGCCAAGAUUUGGCAGGGUGACGACGAUGAUGAAGAGAAUACCGUUUCGGCUGAGAAUGUUAGUGGUUGAUAUAUAGAUAUAUAUAUGUGUUUAUAUAUAUAUAUUUAUAUAUGUAUGUAGCUGUAUUGGAUCUUAAUUUGUAGUGGUGUUUUGGAGAUUGAUUGACUGGUUGAGGUUUGUUUGUAUCAUUAGAUGGUUCUUGAUAUGAGAAGAUGGUGAUAGUAAUAUUAAUACUUGUUUGAUUGGAUGUUUAAAUUAGUUAUGAUGAGUAGUUGUUCUUCUUGA